CAGCCUGUCAGGUGAUCUGUGCUGGGUUUGCUGCGGAGCCUCGGCUGCUCGUCAAGGAUGAAUUUCUCACCGGUUUUCGUCGCUUUCGCUGCUGUUGUGAGCUCGUUAUCGGGUGUGUUUGGAGACCAGCUGACGGUGCUGCGCAGCCCGCAGUAUGUGACCUUCAGGGAGGGCCAGUGGCCGCUGGCUGGAGAGAAGAUUCCUGAUCUGGUGGCGCUGACCAUGGGCUUCUCUGUCCAGGAGGAUCUUGACUGGCCAGGCUUGGCCGCGGGCUCCCUGUUCCAGCGUCCUCGAGCUACUGCGCUAAUCGCAGUGCGCGGCGUUGGCAGUUUGGAUCUGCCCUCAAACACCUCCUCAUACCCCCUGGAAAACCCUGUGCCCUUCACUCUGGACAGCGUGGCCAACACCAUCCACACCCUGUUUGCCGAGAGCACCCCCGUGGUCCUGCAGCUCGCCCCCAGUGAGGAGAGGCUGUAUAUGAUGGGGAUGGCGAACACAGUGUUUGAGGAUCUGCCCGUCACUCUGCAGCAGAUCAGAGCACGUCUGUCUCAGGACGGAUCAGUGCUGCACUCUCUUCCACUCCAUUCACUCAGCCGAAACAGCGAGGCUGAUCUGCUGUUCCUGUCUGAGGUUCAAGUGUUGCAUGACAUCUCCGCUCUGCUGCAGAGGCAUAAGCACUUGGCCAAGGACCAGGCUCCUGACCUGUUCUCCUUGGAGCUGGCCGGUUUGGAGGAAAUUGCUCGUCGCUACGGCAACGAUUCACCCCAAUUCCAGGAUGCCACCAAGAUUCUGGCAUCUGUGCUACAGAAGUUUGCUGACGACGUUUACAGUGUCUAUGGCAACAACGCAGUGGUGGAGGUGGUGACCGUGAAGACUUUCGAGGCUCCACUCACCAGGAAGUCUCGCUCCAUCCUGGAGACCAAGCAGAUUAGCAACCCAGGAAGCCCCUACAACCUGGCCUACAAGUACAACUAUGAGUAUGCGGUGAUCUUCAACAUCGUGCUGUGGCUGAUGAUCGUGUUGGCUUUGGCCGUCGUCGUCAUUGCUUAUAACCUUUGGAACAUGGACCCCGGCUACGACAGCAUCAUCUACAGGAUGACCAAUCAGAAGAUCCGGAUGGACUAAUUGUCGCGCUCCCCCUUGCAUUCCAUUCCAUGUUGUUGAGUGUGUGUAUAUGUGUGUUUCUCACUUAAAUAAGAUUCCAUUUGAACCUUCAGUGUAUGUAUGCUUCUGAAAUGCGUUGUACAAAGACACGUCACAUUGAACUGUAAAUGUUAAAUGAAUAUUUGAAGAAUAUUUAUUGAUGCCUGCUGUUUGGUAGAAUCUAGAGACCAGCUGAGUAAAGUUUAAGUUCAGAUUUCACCCCUAAAAAUGCUAAUGUGGCUAGAAAUUUAAUGGAAGGUUGUAGGAGGUACAUAAAGUUCAAAAUUUUGGAUGACUUAUUUAUAUAUUUUAGAAAAUAUAAACCAGUUUUUUUGAAGAUAUGAGCAAGCUGAUAAGCCGCUAGAGUCCAGAAUGAUGAACAGAGCUGUAGAUGAUUCCAUAAUAAUUGAGAAAGCUGUACAACAUUGAAAAUUAUCAUCAUAAAUUUAGUGAGGUGAUCAAAUGAUCAUCAUAAAAUCAUAAUAACAAUAUAUUAUUAAUCAAUUCUUUGAGUUUCCAAACGUUUCCUGAAACUUUGAAUUAAACAUUUUAAAAGUUCAGUUUGUGUAUUAAAUAAAAUGACAGUAAUUGUUAAUUUUACACGAUAACAAACUGUUAUGCUAAUUUCUGUCCACUAACUUUUAUUCACUAUUAGCCACAUUAGCAUUGCCUGUAAGAUGAACUGGCCGAUACAGGAUGUAAAUAAGUUCACUGUCAUUGCAUUUCUUGGUAAGUGGAAAAUGUACAGGCUUAAUUUGUCAUGCUACACUCGUGAUUGUGUGCUGUGCUGUUUUCUUGUGUUCCUGAAUUGUCUUCAAAUUGAAACCCAGCUUUAUUUAUUGUGUUAUUGAUUUGAAAGAUCUCUUUUUAUUCCUGAUACACUGGACAUGCAAUAUAAUGCUCAUCACAUCACAUCCAUGUGCAUUUGUACAGCUUAUGGUACAGAUACAAAUGUGUAAAAUUGAUGUGCCGAACGUAGAAAACGAGUGUUUGAUUAUUUCUGGCGUGACCAGAGUUUGUCUGCAAUAUUGUAUUUGUGUCUUAAACAAAUGAGAAGUUGAACCGUAAUAAAAGAGGAGAUUCGAAAGUG